UACAGUAAAAAGAAAAUUAAAUUAACACCACAGAACGAAUUAGUAUUUAAUAAUCAUAACAAUUUUCUCUUAAUCAUUCUAACAUAGUCAUUUUAAAUUCGACUUAAGGAAAAUCUAAAGAUGCAGAAAUAAAAUAUAUUUCCUCAGAGAUGGCAUUCAUUUUUUGAAUAAAUCAAUGAGAAAAAAAAUUCCUCGAGUUAAUUGUCACGAAAAAUCAUUUAUCAAAACAUGAUUAUCAGCAUGAUUAAGAAUUAAUCCUUUUUUGUAUUUUCUCAUAUAAAAAAGGUAUCUUUUGGCAAGGUACCAUAAAGAGAAAGCAGACUUUCUUCACAGUUGUACCGAGAGAAAGCUAUUUUGUAUAAAUUCAUCAAUUCUCUUCAUAGAAAAAAUAUCAAAAAAUCGAAAAUAUUGAUUAAAAUAUUUCAGCGCACGAAUCAAGUCUAAAGAUUCAUUUGAAAUCGUUCGAAAGUGGUUUUGAAACGAUUUCAUGUAGAUAAUCGGUAUCGAAGGAAAAUAAAUUAAUUUGAAAAAAUAGGAGAAGAGAAAGUAAGUAAGCAAAAGUAAUCGUCUCUGUUGGAUACUGUACGUUAGCUGAUGCUAUGACCCUGUCCCGUUAGGCAAUAGUGUCCAAUGAAGUUCACGGCCAAAAACACACGGGGUCGCUGAGUUCUGCAGUUGCUAAAUCCAAGCGAUAACGUCCUAAGUUCUAUAUAUAGACUGCAUAUACCUCUCCCUUUUUCUUCUAUCUUUCUUUCUCACUCUAUCACUCGCUUGGAUUAUCCUCAGUAUACCAUUGCAAUGUAACGUAGAAACGAUAUAAGUCACUCGGCCGAGUGGCACCGGUAGUCGCGUGUAGUUAAAACGAUCUUAAACGACUUUGGGACGUGACACGAUAAACGAAGAAAACGAGAGACAGAGACAGAAGUAGAGAAAUGAUUGAGAUGUUCCGUGGAGGAGAUCAAGAAGAAAGAUAAAUACGUAGUGACCUGAGUUUCGUUCACAUCGAAAGUUAGCUAGUUGGAUAUCUUUUUAGUCUUUUAAAAGAAACUGAAAAAAUAACAUUUUCUUAGUGGAAAAUUAAGAUUUCCUGUUAAUAUUUAUCAGUGAGAUUGAAGAUACAAAGAUGGACAACCUAAAACUACCAUCAAGUUUGGUAAAGAACAACAACAACAACAAUAACAACGAAGGAAGAAGAAGACUUUACUCAAUGUCUUGUUUGAACGAUCGUCCCAAUGGAGAAGAUCCUUUGUCCGUGAGAUUGGCUUCAACCUACAGGUCAGCAAGAUAUGGACACGUUACUGAUUAUUGUCCUGAACAAAUCGUGGUAGUCAAUGAGGAUUUAACAACCAAUUCCAUGAUUAAACACGUCGAAAUCGAUGCAGGUGAACCACCGCCAGCAGAUGAAUCUCUUUUCUUCGAUAAUUUGGAAGCUUUGAGGAACGUAUUACGCGUAGAUGGUAGCAAUAUCAGGUCAAUCCUUUGGUCUAUCUUAGGUAUAACCGAGAUCAAAUUGUUGUUGGAAAUGGAAAAGAGUGGUGUUGUGCCACCGGAAAUGACAUUAACUGAGAAUUUGAAGAACCUUGCUUAUAUUUGGGCAUGUCAUCGUGGUCUUUCUCAUCUAUUAGCUAAACUCGAAGAAUUGGGCGCUGAUAUUAAUUACAUAGAGCCGUGCACUGGAAUGAACGCUAUACUUACUGCUUCCUUGAGUGGUAACGUGUCCUGUUUAGAACAUCUUAUCAGGAAAGGUGUUGAUGUUAAUAGUGAAAAUCCAACGAAUCAUUACACUUGUCUACACUUCGCGGCUGCUGGAAAAUCAAGAGAAACGACCAUUUUACUUUUAGACAGCGGUGCCAAGUUACAUACAUGUGCUUAUGGAGAAAUAGUUGAACCAGUACUUCACUGUGCCAUUCGAACAAAAGCAAUAGACGUGGUUAAGGUGCUCUUGGAACGCGGUGCUAGCAUUGUUGAAAAGAACCAUCUUGGAGAGACUCCACUUCAUGUUGCUUGUUUCGUACAAUCGAUACCCUGCGUCGAACUUUUACUGACUGUACCAGGUAGUAACAUUAAUGCUGUUGAUCGUACGCACAGGACGCCAUUACAUUUUGCCGUUAUGAGUACAGAUUCUUCGGCAGUAUUGGUCGAACUUUUAUUGAAGCAUGGUGCCUUAGUCAAUGCGGCCGACCGAACAGGAUUCACUCCACUUCAUAUAGCUGCUUUGAAUGAACAGUCUCAUUGCGUGGAUACUUUGAUUUGGGCAGGAGCUGACGUUAGUGCUACCACCAGUGCAGGAUUAUCAGCUUUAAAUAUUAUACUGAGAAAAAUACCUGAGUCUCUUCAAGUUUUUCGAGAAAGACUCGAUGCCUCUAUCAGACUUAGACGGCCGGUACCACACAACAGAGAGUUUGAAAUGAGAUUACACUUUGACCUACUCUUUCCGAGCAACAAUCAAUGCGAAACCAGUUUCAUCAAUACUUUCGUACAAGAACGUCGAAAGGAUCUACUAUCUCAUCCAUUAGUUAUGGCUUUUCUUCAUCUCAAAUGGGAAAAGAUAAGAAAGUUUUAUUUGAUGAGAAUUUUCCUUUAUGCCAUGACGGUUAUCUGCAUGACUACUUACGUUCUAACAGCACUUGCAUAUAAAUGUUACAAUCACGAUGAUUAUCCAAAUUCGAAAAUCUGCAACAGUAAAAGAAUAUCAGGCUUUCUAUUCAGAAGACCAGUCAUCGAGAUUGAGUGGUACCUUUGUCUUGUGCUGACCUGUGUAACAAUACCUAGAAAGAUAUUUGGUUUUAUGGUUUAUAAAUCAGUGAAACAAUAUUUCUCGAACAUAGAUAACGUACUUGAUGGUAUUGUUAUAGUAAGCGUUUUUGUAACGUCAUUCGUUUACACGGGAAAGACAUAUGAUUGGCAAAAUUACGUCGGUGCAUUUGCAAUACUUUGUGCCUGGACAAAUCUGAUGUUGAUGGUCGGACAAUUACCUGCUUUUGGAACAUACGUUGCCAUGUUCACUCAUAUACAAUUUGAAUUUGCUAAACUUUUACUGGCUUAUUCAGGAUUAUUAAUAGGAUUUACCAUUAGCUUUUGCGUUAUUUUCGUUGGCGAGCCAGCUUUUGGUAAUCCUUUUACCGGACUUAUCAAAGUCCUAGCAAUGAUGGCUGGCGAGUUAGACUUUGAGGGUCUUAUUAAUCAAGCGGAUGCCGACGGUCCUUUCGUAAUAUAUCAUCCACUGUCAGUCUGUUCUCAAAUCCUCUUCACUCUCUUCAUCGUUUUCGUAACGGUGAUAUUAAUGAACUUAUUAGUUGGCAUCGCCGUACAUGAUAUUAAUGGUUUGAGAAAUCAUGCAGGACUUACUAAAUUGGUACGUCAAACUAAAUUAAUUCUUUUUACUGAAAUGGUACUGCACAAUGCGUCCAUACCAUACACAUUCCGAAAAUGGAUGACCAAUCAUAAAAUAGACGUGGAAAAUCGUAAACACGUUCUCGUUGUAAAACCAUUAAAUCCUUUGGAAAAACGUUUGCCCAAGGAUAUAUUAAAGGCUGCUUACGAGAUUGCACAAAAGAAUAUGCCAUAUAUCAAUGAUGACAAUAUUAGUCUUAGCGACCAUGUAACUUGGAUGAAGCAACAAAGUGAAGAAUCUUCCGAAUCUGGCUUGAGAUCGGCUAUUGAAAAAUUAUCAACAAGAUUGAAUGCUAAUGAAGAAAUCAUAAAGUCACUUAAAACACAAUUGUUACAUACUAACGAUAUGUUGGAGGAUAUUAUUAAUCAUCUUGCCAAGGACAAAAGUAUAUGAGUUGGGCAAAGUGUACGUGAAUAUGAACACAUAAUUACAUAAAUUAUACAUAUGUAUAUAUAUGUAUGUAUCUAUGGAUUAUUGUCAUAUCUAUUUGCCUUUUUUAUUAAUAGAAAAAUUAAACAAACAAUUAAAAAAAACUCACUUAAUGUAUUAUAAAGACUGAUAUAUAGGAAACUGAUUCUCAAGAUGAUUGAGAACAUAUUUGAAAAAUAUAUAUAUUAAUGAAAAUUUAAUUUUUCAUUUCUCUCUUGCUAUAAAAAUUUUUUGGAUAAUCUAUAAC